AGAUAUGUACACUGUGUACCGUGAGAGAUGAGCCUCCUAACUCAUCAAUGCAGUUUUUUUUAUGCUGGACAAUGCAGAUGGAAAUCCCAUCAACAAUGGGAGGAGUUUGACAGAAGGGUCAAAGCGACUCUGGCUGUCCAACCUGGAGAUGUCACAGGCAGUGGCACCGAGAACACAGUUGCCCAUUCAGAUGCCCUGUCUCUGAGCUGCCCUGCACGCGCCCAGCACAACGCAGUGUCGUGUGCACCCUCCACUCCUACAUACUGGAUAUACAGAAUGGCUGCUGAUUCUGGACCGUCUAUCCUGCGUUGGAUCCUUGUCCUCCUAACAGUCUCAGCCAGGUGUUCGGUGUCGGCGUUCAAGGUGAUGGAAGGUGCUACUGCGACAUUGUCCUGUCAAUAUUCAGUGGGCCAUUUGGGUUUGAGCGGUGUGUGUUGGGGCCGAGAAUGUGGCACGUUCUGGUGUAAUAACAUCCUCGUGCAGACAGACGAACAUGGGGUCAUCUCCAAGGUUUCGGACAGAUACAGAAUGACAGGUGAUGUCCUCGCGGGAGAAAUGGACCUUGGAAUUCUCGACGUCAAGCAGACAGACAGCGGGCCAUACUGUUGCAGAGUGGACAUAGAUGGCAUUUUCAACGACAAAAAAGUAAUCCAAAAUUUGAAGGUCAUGAAAGCUGCUCCAGUAACCAUUAGGCCAACAACCACAGAAGCUAACCCUGCCACAGACCACUGGAAAGCUGUUGAGUCAUCACACAUAGCCAUUCCAAGACAGAACACCAGUGUUUUUCAUUCUGUAACACUGGUGGACGACCCUUUCCCCAGCCUCUCUCUCCAGAUCAACGUCCCAGUGCUCUCUCUCUCCCUCAGUCUACUCCUACUCAUAGUGGGGGCAUUGGUCAUACUGGGGUUCAAACGUAUGUACCACAAACUCACAUCCUCUGUAGAAAAAACCAGUGUGCCAAUGAUCACUUAUUCAGACAUCUUGCUGAAUUCACAGAAGAGCUCUAAAGACAGGCUGCUGCCUGUCACAAUUAAGCCUAUCUAUGAUCAGCGUGUGAUGAUGUUGUGCUGCUUUCCUAGUUUGUCAGCCAAGGAGCCGCCCUACAUCAUCUAUGAGAUUCGCAUGAGGAGACCUGUGGAGGGGAACAUCUGUACUCUGGACUAGGGAGGAGGGACCUAUUCCUGAUAUAGUGCACUACUUUUGACCAGGACUCUGGUCAAAUAUAGUGCCAUGUACAGUAUGUAGGAAACACGGUGCCUUUUGGGACGCAACCACUGUGACACACAGACGUGAGACUGGCUGUCCUCACAUCAUCAUGUUAACUGACGUCCAUUGGACUGAUCACGGUCGCCUGAAACCUGCCUCACAAUGAACACCUAUCUCAAAGGCUCUCUUUUCACCUACUGAGGGAACUGUUGUACAGGGAGACACCUUGAAGGAUGAUUCGAACUAAUGAAAAAGAGUUUGGGUUUUCCCCCCCAUGUAAAAUCUAUUUAUUCACUUUUUUUCUACAUUGUUAUUGUACUGUGCUUUUUUUUCUUGAUGCACAGUAUAGGAUUGUUUUUACAAACUGUCUGAAUUUAGCCUCUUUCUAAUAAAACAUAAAGUAAACCCAA